AGAGCACGCGUGUUAUCCUAUACACCUGAGCCCAGUAGUGUAUCAACAAUCGGUCAUUAGCUGCAUUGAUUCCGAAUCAGGGCUCCGCAUCCGCUAGGAAUGUUUUUAGUUGCAAUUUACGUAGUAACCGUCCUACAGGUAUGAAUAAAAUUAUGAUAUCAAUAUUGGUCAUACUGGGAGUGAGCAGGAGCGCGAAUGUGCUGUGCCCUUUUAGUAAGGGUAGUCAAGAAUACGGGUACAUACAAGUGAGUAAGGAGAACAAAUAUUUUUUUGCGGCCGUGGAAGCUGAGGAAGACCCAAAAACAGCACCCACCUUUCUGCUUCUCCAAGGAGGUCUGGGUGGGAGUAGCGUCGGACUGGCAAUGGCAGAGGGGCCAUGCUUUCUUUCUCCUGUGACAGGCAAGCCUGAGCUGAGCCCAUAUUCAUGGACGCAGAAAGCCAACAGCAUUUGGGUCGAUGCCCCGGGACCUUCCGGCUUCAGUGAAGGACCAGUUGAACCAGACCUGAACACGGUGGUGAAUUAUAUGGAAAAAUUCGUGUCGCAGUUCUUCAAGGACCAUCCAAACUUCAACACGAAGGUGCACAUAGUCGGUCUCUCUGCUGCUGGUUCCAUCGCUGCCAUGCUGGGUUCUGCUAUAGUUCGUCAUAAGCUCAGGAUUGACUUUAAGGGCGUUAUGCUAAGCUCUCCUAUUAUAGGUCCCGGGGCUAUUGCUAGAGGAUGUGUAACAAUGGCGAAAAGCCUUCUACCGCCGGGGAAGUUCGAUGAACUGCUUUAGCAACUUGCUAUUGAUGUUUCUCUUCAGAGUUGCAGAGAUUACUAAAGACUUGGGGGAGUGUGAACAUUGGAUUUCUGAGUGCAAU